AUGGCUGAGGGUCGUAGAAAGGGCGCGUGGGCCUCCCAGCCUUCACGGCUUAGGAAUGAAAUACUUGCGGAAUCUAUAGGAGGACAGAGUGAUGCUCCAAAGCAUGUUAUCCAAGUGCCACAUAGCGAUACCAUAGUUCUAGAGACACAGCUAGAUGAGGGUGGACAAUUCGCAGAAGGCGACUUCCUCAUCAACAAUCAGCAAGAUGUUAGAGAGAAUUCUCUUAGUCCAGAUGAUCAGGCGGUGAUAGAUCGCUUGUCAACGACGAAGAAAGCCAAAGCGUCCGAGUCGUCCUCAUUCAACGUCAAAUGGCUUGCCAAGCGAAUCACCGAACCCAUCAACCAACCCGUGUCUUCUGAUUUAAAUGGAUUUUCUUUCAUGCCAAUCAAGAAGGCUCAACACAAGAGAUCACUAAAAUCGAAAGACACGACCAAAGAGGUUGCCAACCUGGCCAGCUUAACUUUGCCCACACUACCAGAACGUGGCAAGCAACACUCCAAGGGUAUCACUGAACUUGCUGCAGGUAGCAUCGUCCCUCCACCGCGUACACCCAAAAUCGAACAGCAUGUGCCGGAUAGCACCACUGUGCAUGGUAUGGGAGAGAUACAGCCCUUGUCUAAGAAGACAAAUACCACUCGGCUCCAACAAAAGCCCAUCGAUCUACAGUAA